AUGACAAUCGUCAGUCGACUUAUUCGGCCCAAUUUGACUGGGGUAAGUUCCUAUUCUUGUUUCAGACAGGGUUUUAGAUGGUUCGCCGUAUUUCCAGUCAAACCGAUGAGGUUCUUAUCAAUCAUAAUAAGAAUAAGGUCGUGAUUACAUUGAAUCGACCAAAAGCACUGAAUGCUUUGAACAUCCCAAUGGUUCGAGAAUUGUACAGGGUGCUAAGGGUACGGUGCACGCGGUGUGCAUCAUCUUUGAUGAUUUUUUAGGAUGUUCACGAAAAUAAAUCAGCAGAUCUUGUUUUGGUAAAGUCGAAUAGCGACAAAGCCUUCUGUGCUGGUGGUGAUGUUCUUGGUAAGUUGUUUUUAUUAUUUAUUUAUUGUUUUAGCUGUAAGCAAAUCUGCAAAGGAAGGAGGAGAAGUUCACAAACAGUUCUUUUACGAAGAGUACAUUGUAAAUAACCUGAUUGGCAAUUGUCCGGUUCCUUAUGUCGCUCUUAUUCAUGGGAUUACAAUGGGUGGUGUAAGUCCUUUUUCUUAUAGAUGUUAUCUUCUAGGGUUGUGGGAUCUCGAUUCCAGGUAAAUUCAGAGUCGCCACUGAGAAAACCCUGCUUGCCAUGCCCGAGACAGCAUUGGGGUUGUUCCCUGAUGUUGGCGGAUCUUAUUUUUUGUCUCGGCUCAAGAAUAAUUAUGGAAUGUUCUUGGCUCUGACUGGACAUCGAUUGAAGGGGGCUGAUGUUUUCCACACUGGACUCGCCACUCAUUUUGUAAGUUUAUCUUGAAUAACAAUGCUAUUGGCAGGUGAACUCCACUGAUCUGGCCAGUCUGCAGAAUGAAUUGUUGUCCUUGUCCGUUGUCAAUGACAGCUCAGUUGACUCUGUUUUAAGGAAAUAUCAACCAAAAGAAUUGCCCAAAUUUAGCCUGGAAUCGAAUGUGAAGACGAUUGACAGAUGUUUUGAUGGAGAGAGAUACGAGGACAUUGUGGAAAACUUAAACAAAGAUGGUUCUGACUUUGCUUUAGCUCAAAUCAAAGAGUUAAAUAAAAUGGUGAGUAAGAAGUUGAUAUGAUUAUGUUUUUAGAGUCCAACAUCACUGAAGGUGACUUUUCGACAACUUAAAAAGGGAGCUAAAAUGACGUUGUCAGAGGUGUUGCCAAUGGAAUACAGAUUGAGUCAGAGGUUUUGUGAAGACCAUGACUUUCAUGAAGGAUGUCGAGCCAGUAUGUAUUUGAUUAAUUUAUCUAAAUCUUUUAGUCCUGAUCGACAAGGAUCGUAAUCCGAAAUGGAAGCCGGCAACUGUAGCCGAAGUUACGGACGACAUUGUAGAUCGUUAUUUUUCCAAAUUGCCAAAGGAAAGAGAGCUAAAUAUUUAUGCUAAGUUAUAA